AUGACAUUGCCCUGCCAGUUCCCGCAGCAGAGGCCCUACAAUGUCGGACAAGUGGUGAAUAUCAAGGCCAAGGUGAACCGGGCCUUCAACUCCAGCAUGGAGGUGGGCAUCCAGGUGGCCUCUGAGGACCUGUGCUCUGAGAAGCAGUGGAGUGUGUGCAAGGCCUUGGCCACCUUUGUGGCCUACCGGGAGCUCUCCAAGGUGAAGCUGAAGCAGACCACGCCACGGACGGAGGAGGAGAAGACGGAGCACAGCGUGGCAGCUGAGCGCCGGCGCAUGCGGUUGCUCUACGCGGACACCAUCAAGGACCUCCUGGCCAACUGCGCCAUUCAGGAUGAUCUGGAAAGCAGGGACUGCAGCUGCAUGGUGCCGGCCGAGAAGACCCGUGUGGAGAGCGUGGAGCUGGUCCUGCCUCCUCAUGCCAAUCACCAAGGCAAUACCUUUGGGGGUCAGAUCAUGGCCUGGAUGGAGAACGUGGCCACCAUCGCAGCCAGCCGCCUGUGCCGCGCCCACCCUACGCUGAAGGCCAUUGAGAUGUUCCACUUCCGGGGCCCCUCCCAGGUCGGGGACCGCCUAGUGCUCAAGGCCAUCGUGAACAACGCCUUCAAACAUAGCAUGGAGGUGGGCGUGUGCGUGGAGGCUUACCGCCAGGAGGCUGAGACCCAUCGGCGGCACAUCAACAGUGCCUUCAUGACCUUCGUGGUCCUGGGCGCGGAUGAGCAGCCUCGGACACUGCCCUGGAUUCGGCCCCAGCCUGGGGAUGGCGAGCGGCGCUACCGAGAGGCUAGUGCCAGGAAGAAGAUCCGACUGGACAGGAAGUACAUCGUGUCCUGUAAACAGGCAGAAAUGCCCCUCUCUGUCCCCUGGGACCCUAGCAACCAGGUGUACCUGAGCUACAACAAUGUCUCCUCCCUGAAGAUGCUCGUGGCCAAGGACAACUGGGUGCUGUCUUCGGAGGUCAACCAGGUCCGCCUGUACACUCUGGAGGAAGACAAGUUCCUCUCCUUCCACAUGGAGAUGUCAGUGCACGUGGACACCACCCAGGCCUUCCUGCUGCUCUCGGACCUGCUUCGGAGGCCCGAGUGGGACAAGCACUACCGGUCAUGAUCUCAGGGUCCUGGGAUCGAG